ACCGCUCGGUUUAGAUUGCCCGAGUUUGGAAUAUUGCUCAGAAAUGUGAGACGAUGCCCACCUCUGCAUCUCCUGGUUCUGAUAUAUCCGCAGUCAUGAUGCAAAUGUGGUGCGAGGAGAGCUUUGCACAUGAUGGAUCGAGGUCCGGACGGACGCACCAGACGCACGCAGCAGCACAGUGGUCGAGUUCGGUGGACGGUAAAUUUGGCCCAGUGGCGUACGGGAGUGCAAGUGGGCUGACAUGUUGUCGUACGAGGGACUUGAAUAAUGCUCAGGACGAGAGCUCUCGAGGACGGAAAGUGUCUACAGGUCUUCGUACUUCAUGAAGGUCGCCGUAGGAGGCUGGCUGGGUGGAGGUUUGAACUUUGGAGCAGCAGUUGACCGCGGCUUCUGAUCUCGAGCCCUGGUGCUCGACAGCUAGCUGGAUCACAGUUCCACAGACGGUCUCGUCGAGAGCAGCAAGGAGAAAAAGCGACCAGACCAGUUACAGUCGAGAAGAUGGAAGCCAAUCCAACCCUACAUGCUCAACAGCGUUAUUCGGCCUAGAACAUCAAAUUCAGUUUCUGGCAGCUUGGCCUUUGCUCGUCUUUCACGUAAGACCUGAUCCAACUGAUUUCACGCUGAGGCUCACUUCGAUCGUCGAUCCUCGCUCGUUUUCUGCGGAAGAAUCAGCUCGCAGCAAUGCAACGCGCACCUCCAGGAUCCACUAGAGAUGCUCCUGAAUGCAGUUCCGUGGAUUCAUGCAUCACUGUCGAUCGUGUGGAAUAAUCUGCUGUCUCUAGCCAGAUCUCUGUCUCGAUACUGAAGCACGGUUUGUACGCCCUUCGCAGCGUCGGAGUCCAGCACUGUCAGCUGGACUAGCAGCCAGCCAGCCACUUGAUCGUUGUGUGCUGGGUGUGAUCUCGGACUCUACUGACAGCACAUCCUGCUCGGAGACGUACAAUUUCAUGAAGGUAGAGCCCAAGAUGCAUCUUUCUGUCAACACAUGAAAAUGACAAUGGUACGAUAGCUGAAAAGGUCAAGUGAUGUUCUGAUCGGAGAACCGAUGGGGCACGCAUCAUGGCGAUCACCACUUUCGGUUUCAGCUGAACCUAUGUCAAGCUUUAGGCGCGUUGCCAAAUCUGGCACUAGAUGUACAAAAGCUGACGCAUCUCAGAGCGUGCCCAAAAUGUCGAUCCUUUGCAUGUGAGAAAGACAGCAGAUCAGAAGGAAAAAGUCCCGAUAAGUUUACAUGUCAUCUCAAUGAGAUGAUCUCAUCCACCUCCGCUGCUGCUGCUACUGUCAGAUGUACGACAGCGUAUGAGACUAGGAGAUCAAUGUGCCGUAAUGAUCAUGAGCCUUACGGCAUUGUCAUGUCAAGUGGGAGCAGAAAAUGUCCGCCUUUGUCAAACCCAUGCAAAGACCGUUUUGCCAUAGCCGAAAACGUCGAGAAUGUUGUGAUUAUCGGGCACCCAACGCAUUUGAUGGACAAUUAGUGAAGGAAUCGGAGGACGGGGCGAAUUUUGUACAGAAUGUCAGGUUGAAAGAAACAUGCUGUGGAAGAUUGUUGGCUGGGGAGUGAGUGGCUGGGAACCGAAAGUUUUAGACAGCCAUCAAGAUUGUGGAACGAAGAAUCAGGCUCAACACACUUUGUGCAACAUUUUCCGUCAAUGAGCCGCAAACAUGCACCACUUCGGACGAUGAUGUUCUUCAGUCGACAUCUGGACAGAGGACAUCAGUACCUUCGUAGAUCAUUUUAUUGCAAGUAAGUCUAUGGAGUGGAAAGUUGACCCCCUUGGAUCCAACCUUAACUCGUACUUGCAUUCUUACUUCUCGACUCUGGACCUGCCAUUACAUUCAGCAGCAUUCUCAUCUUCUUAAACAUCGCACUCACGGAAGUAUCCUGUCACUUGUGACACUUUGCCUUAACUGGAAGUCAAGGAUUUCUUCUCCACUCACGUUCUGCGUGAGACUGAGACGACACAUUGUACAAGUAGAUGUCCGAGCUCAGAAUAUUCUCAGCACACUCAGCACAUUGUAUCCUAAAUCGAUCAGGAGUCUUCUUUGCCUAAAAGUGUUAUAGUAUGACGGCAGAAUCGUCGAGUGUAACCAAUGGAAUUAAAAAAAAUUGCAUUGGAAUGUUUAGGCAGAAGACGAGGAUUUUUCGAGCAAGUUCACCCAACCAUGUGACGAGCCCUCGCUCGCUCUUCGAUCCCAGAGGCACAGGAAGUUAUUAGGGUUCGUCAGAUUUGUUUUAGAUAACAGGCAUGAUUUCAUAUCGAGAGGACCGAAACCUGGAUCCAAUCAGACCUCCUCUCCUCUCCUCUUACUCGCCCUGAAUUUUCCGAAGAGACAGACUUCAUCACGACCAUCGCCAUCGUCAACGACCGUCGACAGUGCGGUACGGAUGAUAGUCCAGGCUACAGGCUUACCCGCGCUCAUCUGUUUUCGUGGAGGAUCGAUCUGAUGUUGGGUUGCCAUAUUUUCAGAACAACUGAUCCGAGCCCGAUAUGGCGUUGGUCUUAAGUGAACAAAAUAUCUUGGUGAGCUUCAAAUUAUCUUGGUAGGAUUGUUGUGCUCCUAUCAGAUUCCUUCUUCCAAUCAUCGGAACCGGUGCUAAUCUGAAAGGAGAAGGUCACUCCCUCGUUGUACAGAUUGCAAGGAAGGUGCAUCGACGUACUAAUUUGUCCAAUUCAAGAGUCUGCUCGUUGUAAAUUCAUGUCUAUGUCUGCAUGCGAAGAGCUUGAAAUCAAACCACAGUGAAAACCUAUUUCAGGGCUCGAGUAGGAACAUCAAGUCCCGACCAGAUGUGGAACUGGUACAAAAUUCGUGGUGAUCUGAUCCGAAUCGAACGAACUCCGAUCGACUCUUCUCCGAAGCCUUGCGAAGUCGCCCGCCUCAAGUGCAUGCUUCGUGUGAUUAUUUAGCGGGUGGGCAGACACGAUCUGCACCGGGUUUGUGAAGCAAACGAUUCUCUGCCACAAGCAAGGCAGAGAUUCAUUCGCCUGCCCAUCGGCACUAGCAAAUGUAGAAAUGACUGGUUCAUCCGAAACACCAUGCCUGCUCAGAUUUCAUGGAGGCAGUCCGUGACUCGCUCGAGUGAAAUACCAAAUGCUUUGUGUACGCCACACACAAUUUCAUUUGAUAUCUGAGACGAGCAGGUGUUCCUCGAGCAGCCUGCCUGCCUGCCUGCCUGCCUGCCUGGGGCAUGGAAGCAAGAAUGCCUGUCGAGGAAGAAAUAGGAUAACGGACCAAAAAGCCACAUAAAGGAAGGGUUGAGAAGAGGAGGGCGAAUUCAU